UUUGUUUUCUGUCACUUUGCCAGUUCUCAUCUCAUGACGUGUCGGGUGUUGAUGUAAAAAAAAAUUUAACAUUUUGUAAAAAAUACCUAAAACUAGACGUAAUAGACAUCGAAAUUAUGCUAAAACAAUUAAUUGCAUUAUUAGUGCUUGUGAGCACAUGCAGCAGCGUAUUUGGCCUGUACUUUCACAUUGCCGAAACGGAGCGCAAAUGUUUUAUCGAAGAAGUGCCCGAUGAGACGACAGUCAUAGUCAAUUACAAGGUGGAACUGUACGAUCCACGUUCCAAUGGUUUUAUGCCUUCAUCACCGGGCAUUGGCAUGCAUGUUGAGGUGCGUGACAGUGAUGACAAAAUCAUUCUUUCACGCGUCUACAGCUCUGAGGGCCGCAUAUCGUUCACCUCACAUACACCCGGUGAACAUGUGAUUUGUAUGUACUCCAAUAGUACCUCUUGGUUCAGUGGGGCACAAUUGCGCGUCCAUUUGGAUAUACAAGUCGGAGAACAUGCCAUCGAUUAUGCCAGCGUUGCACAAAAAGAAAAGCUAACAGAAUUGCAAUUACGCAUUCGCCAAUUGCUGGACCAAGUUGAUCAAAUCACAAAAGAGCAAAACUAUCAGCGCUAUCGCGAAGAACGUUUCCGUCAGACCAGCGAAAGCACCAACUCCCGUGUGCUGUGGUGGUCUGUUGCCCAAACCGUUGUAUUGGUGUGCAUGGGCUUCUGGCAGAUGAGACACUUAAAGAGUUUCUUUGAAGCCAAGAAAUUGGUGUAGAUUUUCUUGUGUGGAUCUUUAUUUUUGGGGUUUGUUACAAACUAAGUUAAAUAAAUUUCUACAGCGACAAAGAGUUGUAUCAAUUUCAUGUUCUCAUUUUUAUUUGUUUAGUUUCGUUCAUAUAGAGUUCCCAUUACGAUAGAUCUAACUCCCACUAAUAAGAACUUCAAUCAUUUUCUCAUACCCCUUUCAAGACAAAGAAAAAUUUAUUUAGUAUAUGAUGUAGCCAUCGAUUUCUAAAUUUAUGUUAAAGAAAAUCUAAAACAAUAAUUCAUAUACUUUAUAUUUACAACCACUAUGUGUAAUGUAUGUCGAAAAUCUAUUUGUCAGGAUUUUAGUUUAAAUAAAUGAUUUUUUUAAUACCUACCA